AUGGAGAGGCGCGAGAGGGUGCGUGGGUCGAGGCCCGGGCAGCACGGCCUCACGAGGUCCUCCACCGUCACGGCGGCCAGAGCGUUGAUGCUGGAGGAGACCGUGCUGAGCACGUCUCACUGCUCGGUCCGAAUCACCACCGUCGCCAUCGAGGACACGUUGUGCGGCAUCUGUUACGAUGUCAACACGACCAUCUGCCAGGGCGCGUGCGUGACCAAGCAAAACUACGCGCUCCACGGUCGCUCUGUGCAGCGCGCCUGCGUCUACUCGGAGGUGCGCUACGAGUCGUCGCAAAACUACGCGCUCAACGGCCGCUCUGUGCAGCGCGCCUGCGUCUACUCGGAGGUGCGCUACGAGUCGUCGGUGCUGCUGCGCGGGUGCCCGGCGCGUCCCCGCGCGGCCACCGUCUCCGUGCCCGCCGCGGUGUCGUGCGCGUGCCGCCGCUGCGACUCGCGCACCACCGACUGCACCGAGCGGAGCGUGGGGCCAGACUUCUGUCGACUGCGCAGAGGCGGCGGAUGA